UUUUAAACUAAACUAAAUACGGUAGUUAUUUAAAAACAUAUGAUUAGAUCAUGACAACGAUAUUAAAGAAAUUUCACUUCUUACCAACUUUCACUCAAGUAUGUAAAGUGCUGUAUUUUUGCAAAAACAGUUGUUCAAUUCAAACCACAAGACAUGCAAGUAAAAAAGGUAAGUGAAUCGUUUGCGCCUGAUGAUUUCAUGCGUGAAUAUUUGGCCGUACACAACGCUAUGAUAUCGAAAGUUUAUUUACUCAGUUUAGAAAUAUCGUUCAACAAUCACGGUCACAAUACUGAGAUGAAUCGCAAUUUGAUAAAAAUAAAAUUAAUAUUAUUUGUUCUGGGUGCAAGGCUGCUCAUAUAAAUAUGUUAAUACUCUAACAAUAAUUAAUGAUCAUAUAGAUCGAAGCUCGAACGGAAUACCGUUUUAUCGCCAUAACAAUGAGAGAUCUCAACUGCCUUAUUUACCUGUUUACUAUCCCAAUCAUAUGUGGAGACGGCAGAGAGUGCAUUUAUUCCCUUCCAAAAAAUAUCCAUAUCGAGCCAUCUUAACAUUGAACCAGAACGACAAAAGUAGAAAUCAUUUCAGAUAUUUUCCGCUACGCAAUUUGCCAGCGACUAAGAACAUUAAAUGGUCAAACUACAUGUUCUCAUUCAAAAAUUCCAACCAAUUAUUAAAAACAACGCCCAGAACAAGUUAUUACAUGUUAUCUGAAGCAAAUAUGAGAUCUAAUUUUCAUCCUCGUGAGCAAUAUUUAAGUAGACCAAUACUAUCUACGAUUACAACACUACAAAAUAAUUGUGUUAACACACAUAAUUUGAAUAUGCCUCAUGCAAAUAAAUUGGCUUUAUGCGUCGAAAAAAUGCCUACUAUUCCAACUACCGUCCAAAAAGUUUCAUUAAAUAAAACCAAACACAUUUCCAAUAUUUUACAAUUUGACACUACCACAAGGAACCCAUAUACACAAUAUUUUGAACAUAGCACAAGGAAUACGUACAUGUAUAACUUUUUUCACGCUACCACGGUCCCGAAUUCCAUAAAUACAUCUCACAUCUAUUUCACUAUAGGAGAUGCUAUAACAACACCACGAACGCUCAAUAAUUCACAAUUUAAGUUGUUUAAAAAACAAAAACACCAAACUGAAAAUAAUGGAAGUGACUCUAUCAUAAAUUACAAAAUGCAUCGAUCUAAUACCGCAACUCCUGUAAUAUGGACUAUGACUUCAAAUCCUACGUCACUUCCUCAAUUUUUAAAUAAUACUGUCAAAUAUUCUAUCAGCGAUAAUGAAUCUAAAAAUAAAUCUAAAUAUUUAUAUGAAUAUGAGAAUUCAAGUGUUGAUACUACAAAAGCAAAUUGGGUUAUCGACCAAUCAAUGAACAAUAAUUGUUCAAAUUCAUCAUUAGAAAUAAAUAAUAAUUGUGCAUCUGGAGACAGACAGAACAUAAAAGAGUUUACUCCAAAAAUUUCGCUGCAGACUACGACAGACACUUUGGGAUCUUAUCCAAUUAAACCAACAGUGGAUUUCGGAACCAUUUCUGCGCCUAUUACCGAAUUUCCAUAUUUAGACAAUACUUCAACUACCGCUAUUUGGAAUGCUAUAGAGAUGUCAAAUUAUUCCAAAGAGAAAAUAUCAGUUCCUGACAAAACAAAUAAUUAUCCUCCGAUACAUAAAAGAGGUAAAUUUAUUCAAAAUAAUAAGAGAUUGGUUUUUAAAGAAAGUGUGAAAAAUAAGAACGGAAAUAUAAAAACAACUGCUUUGCCGACCCCCAUAAGACCUUUAAAACCAAAAAUUAGAGAAAAAGGGAAAUAUACUUCCACCACACAUUCUCCAUCCUCACAAACAACGCUGUCAACACAAACCAAAGAACAAGAGUUAUUACUUGGUACUGUUGGCAGAAACAUGAAAAAAGCAAAGAGUAAAUUUCAAGGCAGAAGCCGCUUUCGAUGGACUCCUUCGUUUGAGAAAAGCACGGACAAUAUAAAUAAUAACAUAACAAUUAGUUCAACAAUAGCAACGAUACAUAGUUCAUCAACCCAAGUCUCACUUCUAAGAAAUAAAAAAACAAAUAAAUUUACUAGAUCAAAACUAAGCAGACACAAUAAAAGAACCAAUAUAGUACAAAUAAAUACAACAAGGAAUGUCAUAGACCUUCACUUGCAGUCGACUCCACCCUUGGCAAGUAGCACACCGGAGUCCGCUAUAAUGAGAAUAUCAAACAUAAGCGGCGUAAAAAUGUUAUUUGCAAAAAAUAAUUUCACAAAUUCAUUAGGCAAUUUACCAAAUACAAGUAACGCAUUUGUUGCAGAGCUACCAAUAGUUACAUACUUUAAAGAAGUUACAGAAUCUCGUAAGGUAUAAAAAUUUACUGAUCAAAAAUUACAAUUAACAAUAUAUAUAUAUUAUGUGUGCAUAAUUAAAUAUAUUUAUUUUGAAAAAAAAAAUUGAGUUAUUACUUGUGUCCAUAUUUUUAUAUUCGCACACGCAUCACGGAAGUAUUCCAGGUUUUGUAUUUAUAUGUAUAUGUUAUUAUAUAUUCUAUAUCACAAGAUUACGUGCAUUACUUGUACGGAACAACUACUGCACACUUUGAAUUAUACAAAACGUUUCUUUACAUUAUAUGUCAGGUCAAGAAUAAGCAUAUAAAUCUCUAAAAAACACCUUACUAUUAUGUACACCUUACAUAAUUCAAAAAAAGCUUUCCACAUGGAUAAUAGAUUAUUCCAAAAUUAUCCACAUUUCAGUUAUAAGUUUGUUUCUUAACUGCUAGUGUCUGCUAGCUAUCAGGAAGAGCAACACUGAGCGAAUUGAGAAGUUACUCUCAUAAAGAGAAGCUAGCCGGAAUUAGCAAGAAAAUAUCAAAAUGCCUUUUUUCAAUAAGUACAUCAU